AAACAGAGAAGAGGAAAGGGACCAAAAUGUCACCACUGUCAACACUGUGACAAAUCCUUCACAACAUCUGGAACUUUAAAGAUUCAUCAGAGAGUUCACACUGGAGAGAAUCUACACAGCUGUGAUCAAUGCGGGGCAGCUUUCACACUGAAGAGUAACCUAAAAUUACAUCAACACAUUCACGCUGGAGAGAAGCCGUACAGCUGUGAUCUAUGUGGUAACGCCUUUACUGAUAAUAAUGACUUUAUAAGACACCAGCUCGUUCACACCAGAGAGAAGCUGUACAGCUGUGAACAUUGUGGGAAAACAUUUUCUGAGAGCCGUAACCUUAAAUCUCACCAGCGCAUUCACACCAGAGAGAAGCCGUACUGUUGUGAUAUAUGUGGUAGAGCAUUUUCUGAGAGUGGUACUCUUAAAUCUCACCAGCGCAUUCACACCGGAGAGAAGCCGUACUCGUGUGAAUGUGGGGAAACGUUCUCUCAGAGCUGUAGUCUUAAACGACACCAGCGCAUUCACACUGGAGAGAAGCCGUACUGUUGUGAUGUAUGUGGUAGAGCAUUUUCUGAGAGCGGUAGUCUUAAAUCUCACCAACGUGUUCACACCGGAGAGAAGCCGUACUCGUGUGAAUGUGGGGAAACGUUCUCUCAGAGCUGUAGUCUUAAACAACACCAGCGCAUUCACACUGGAGAGAAGCCGUACUGUUGUGAUAUAUGUGGUAGAGCAUUUUCUGAGAGCGGUAGUUUUAAAUCUCACCAGCGCAUUCACACCGGAGAGAAGCCGUACUCGUGUGAAUGUGGGGAAACGUUCUCUCAGAGCUGUAGUCUUAAACGACACCAGCGCAUUCACACUGGAGAGAAGCCGUACUGUUGUGAUAUAUGUGGUAGAGCAUUUUCUGAAAACGGUAGUCUUAAAUCUCACCAACGUGUUCACACCGGAGAGAAGCCGUACAGCUGUGAUAUAUGUGGUAGAGCAUUUUCUCAAGUUGGUAGCCUUAAAUCUCACCGACGUGCUCACAAUGGUGAGAAACCGUACCGGUGUGAUCAAUGUGGGAAAUCAUUUUCUCAGAGUAGUAACCUUAAAUCUCACCAGCGCAGACACACUGGAGAGAAGCCGAAAUAGUCUGAACAUUAGCUUUAAAUAAGCAAAACUACAAAGAGACUUAUGAAAGUGCAGCUUCAAGAAAAAACUAUGAACAAUAACUACAGUAGGGUUUGAAGGUUUGGGCACCCCAGGUAAAAAUGUGUAUUUAUGUGCAUAAAGAAGCCAAGAAAAGAUGGAAAAAUC